CGGCGCGGUGCAUGCUGGGACUGCGGGUCCUCCACAGGCGCCUCCAUCUUUAAACCCCAAACAGCUUCCGCUCAGUGGAGCACACACAGACUCGAUCCUGCGUUCACAGCCACAUCUCUGACACAUUGAGCCGCAGAGCCGCGCUGUAACCCGACGCACCGGACGAGCGGCGGCGCGAGGCGCUCAUGAGGCGCGAUCUUUCCGCUCUGACACCAACUGCGCAUCUCUUGUUCUUUUGUCCGCCUCUCCCGGUUACUCUCGCGGAUGCCCGGAGAUGAGUAGAGGAAGAUGUCGGUUUCGGGACUGAAGGCCGAGCUGAAGUUUCUGGAGUCCAUUUUCGACCCGAAUCACGAGCGCUUCAGAAUCCUCGACUGGAAGCCGGACGAGCUGAGCUGCCAGUUCAACGUGACCGGAGACCAGCUGCUCAUCAUCCACUGCAACAUCACGGAAUCGUACCCCCUGACGCCCCCGAUAUGGUUCGUGGACUCCGAUGACCCCAGUCUGACCCAAGUGCUGGAGCGGCUGGAGGACGUCAGGAAGAGCAGCACACUGCUCUUGCAGCAGCUGAAGAGGCUGAUCUGUGACCUGUGCCGCCUCUAUAAUCUUCCCCAGCACCCUGAUGUGGAGAUGCUGGACCAGCCGCUUCCUGCAGCGCCCCUGAACCAGGACAGGAAGCUUGGGACCACAGAUGAGGUCACAUCAGAGGAGGAAGAGGAAGAAGAGAUGGGAGAGCAGGACAUUGAUCUGGAGCACUAUGACAUGAAAGAGGAGGAGCCGGUGGAUGGGAAGAAGUCUGAGGAUGAUGGGAUCGAGAAGGAGAACCUGGCCAUCCUGGAGAAGAUCCGGAAGAACCAGAGGCAGGACCACUUGAACGUAAGUGCUCAUUCGGGCGCCGUGUCUGGAUCGGUUCAAGCGUCGGAUCGCCUCAUGAAGGAGCUCAGGGAGAUCUACCGGUCUCAGAGUUAUAAAAACGGCAUCUACUCAGUGGAGCUGGUCAACGACAGCCUGUACGAGUGGCAUGUGAAAAUAAGAACUGUGGAUCCAGACAGUCCUCUGCACAGUGACCUCCAAGUGCUGAAGGAGAAGGAGGGAAUGGACUACAUCCUCCUCAACUUCUCUUACAAAGAUAAUUUCCCCUUUGACCCUCCGUUUGUACGUGUGGUUUCUCCUGUGCUUUCUGGAGGGUAUGUUCUCGGCGGAGGAGCUCUGUGUAUGGAGCUACUCACUAAACAGGGCUGGAGCAGUGCCUAUUCCAUAGAGUCUGUCAUCAUGCAGAUUAAUGCCACUUUAGUCAAGGGAAAAGCAAGAGUGCAGUUUGGAGCCAAUAAGAAUCAGUACAAUCUUGCCCGAGCGCAGCAGUCGUAUAAAUCACUGGUGCAGAUCCAUGAGAAGAACGGCUGGUACACACCUCCAAAAGAAGACGGCUAGACUGACCGAUCCAAACGCGGGCCGAGUAUCUUGAGGUGGACAUCUUUUUGUUUCUUGUUUUUUCUCCUCCCUCUUUUAAACCUCUCCGCCUCUUUUGUUCCUCAUCACUUCCACUGGGUUGAAGAGGCUCGAUUUGAUCGAGUCCAGUUUGAUCCACGUGAAAAGCCCGAUUCUCCUUUAUCAUCUCAGAUUAUGUCAUUAUUCCUGCGGUCCUGACGCCAACAUCUCACGUCAACCUCCGAGAGAGCCGACACAAACUGACGCUUUUACCCGUGGACUGAAAUGAACUCCACGUCCAGUGAACCUGUAAAGAUGCGUUUGGAAGAAUGAAUGCUGACACCUACAGCAGGAACCUUCUGACAGAACAUCUCAACAUAGGCGUCUGGAGCUGACGGACACGUGAUGACUACUGCUGUUUGUUCUGAAUGGGGUUCGAAGUGUAUGAUGACGCUUUCCCUCCUCACACGUUCAGCAGAACAGUCUGGGUUUGUAAAAUUGUAUUUAGCGAGUUGUUUUAAGCCCCUUUGCCGUGCCGGGAAAGCCGGGAGGUGACCAAUAAUGCCUUAAAAAGGAGGAGAAAGGAAAAGAAUGAGCAGAAGUUGAUGUGUUUCUCUGUCCUGCCUUCGUCUCCAGUAUUUCUGUUCAAAGCCCAUCUGUGCAAUCUGACCGUGGGGAACGCAAGAAAACGGCCCUUCUGCGGUGUUCACAUGGUUUUCUCCGAUCGUUGACGGGGUUUGGCCUAAAUUUCUGUUGAAUGCACUGGGAAGGGUUCGGCUGUUUUCUUGACGGGACGAUGUGAGCCGCUUCACUCUUUUUGUUUAGCUAAAUUAAAAUAUAAAUAAUGCCACUCUGACAUCAAGCCAUAGAUUGAAUCUGUAGAUUUUAUUCCGGAAAUCGCCCUCUGCCCUCAUCUUUCAGGAUCAGCUCAACCCUCUGAUCGUUUGAAUGGGGAAAUGUGUGUUAAAUACAGCUGAUUCCAGAUCAGUCUCAAGCGUCAUUUGUUGAAACGGUGGAGCCGGUUUUGGGGAAUAUGUUUGCGAUCCUCCGCCGCUGAUGGCGAGGGUUCAUUGAGUUAUGCACUGUUAGCAUGCUUUGGUUAUAUUGCGUUUUAUUUUACUUUUUUUUUUUUUUUUUCCAUUGUAAGUGUAAUUUUGACCAUGUACAGUACAAUUUGUAAACUUGCAUCAAGUUUAUGAAUAAAGAAUUUUAAGAAAUA